AUGCUUCCCCCCAAUCAACAAACUCAAUCCACGCCCAAAACAACCCAAAAUCCAUUUUCAUCCGGCAAUUCCUCUGCAUACGGAUCAACUCAACAAUCCCAUCAGACAGUAGAAGCUGAAUCGUCCGCGGAUUCUGUACAGCCAAAGAAGAUGCUAGAGGAGGAGAAGAAGAACACGUGUACUACAGUUACUGUAGCGACGGGAAUCGAGAAUAGCUGCAGUAGUGGGAGGGAAAGGCUGCAGAGACAUAGGAUAGAGGUGGCGGGUCGGGUUUGGAUACCGGAUAUGUGGGGUCAAGAAGCUUUCCUCAAGGACUGGAUUGAUUGCGGGGCUUUUGAUGCUUCGCUGGUAAACAGCAGUGUUAUGUCCGCCAGAGCUGCGUUGGUGGAACAAGGACGGACGCUCAAUUCCGCCACACCAACCGUUGCUAAUUACUAG